AUGAUUGAGAAGAAAGCAUACAAUGUCCUUGUCUUUUUGGGGUGCUCCAACUCCUCUGCACCAGGACCGGACCAUGUUACAUGGGUCCACCUAAAGGAGCUGCUCAAGGACAAACACGUCCUUGCGCUCUUCAUCGUGCUGGCUAAUGCUUGCCUUCGGGCCUUCAGGCCAAUCGUACUCCUCAUCACUUUCGGUAAACUUAUCGAAAAGAUGAUUGCCAACAGGAUACAGUUUGACGCCGUCAAGCAUGAUAUCUUCCAUCCCAACCAACUUGGCGGUAUCCGCCAGAGGUCAACUGAGGACGCUGGAUUGAUUCUAACCCAUCUUGUGCGAGCGGGCGAGGCUGAGAAGUCUUUCAUUUUGGAUAUUCUACGGGAUCUUGCGGCUAUUCCUGUCGCAGCCCCAGCAACCAAGGAAGGUGUUGAAGCUCUAGCUGAUGCUAUUGCGACAGCGUUCUCGGACGCGUGGUUUGCCCACUCGACCGAGUCCAAACCUACCAAGCGCUCCAAGUCCUGGUGGACGGACGAGUGCUCGGAGACUUUCGGAGUAUAUCAGUUGAGCCGCUCGCUCGCUGACUACAACAAGUUUAAAAAGGCGUGUAAGGACGCCAAGCGUGAUUUCUUCGAUGAACGCAUCGCAGAAAUCGCUACCUCUCGCAAGCGCCCAUGGGACCUAAUGGAAUGGGUCAAACAGCGCAAGCUACCACCCUGUGAGGCUAUUCGCAAUGACGACCAGCCCUGCCACGAUAUGGACGACCUUUGGGACGCCCUACACGGCACGUACAACUCGGCCUCUGGUCGCGAGUACGACGCCUCAGUAUUAGACGAGCUUCCUGAUGAGCCAGUCCGUGAGUGGGCUGACUUUUCGGAGCAUGAGUUGUUGAGUGCCCUUAAGGGGUGCUCCAAUUCCUCUGCACCAGGCCCGGACCACGUCACAUGGGUCCACCUAAAGGAGCUGCUCAAGGAUAAACACGUCCUUGCGCUCUUCAUCGUGUUGGCCAAUGCUUGCCUUCGGUUUGACGCGGUCAAGCAUGAUAUCUUCCAUCCCAACCAACUUGGCGGCAUCCACCAAAGGUCAACUGAGGAUGCUGGAUUGAUUCUGACCCAUCUCGUGCGAGCGGGGUGGGUUAAGGGUCUCCAGACUAGCGCGCUGGCUUUUGACAUCGCGCAGUUCUUCCCUUCUAUUAACCAUGAGAUGUUCAUGGCUGUUCUUCGCAAGCAAGGGUUUUCGCCUGUUUUGGUGGAAUUCUUUGCCUCUUACCUUGUAGGCCGCUCCACAGUUUACUGUUGGAACACCUUUCAAUCCGACUCACGGUCUGCGGACGUGGGUGUCGGGCAGGGCUCAGCUCUCUCGCCUGUCAUCUCUGGGCUGUUCAUUGCUCCGGUAAUGAAGCUCUUCUACAUCAAAGCGGCGCCACUCAACAUGACGCUGCUGUCUUUUGUGGAUGAUGGGACCAUUCUGGCCCAAUCGAAACAACUUGAUGAUAAUAAUGUGGGCCUGCGUAAGGCCUACAAAAUUAUCUACCUCCUCUUUGUUGCCUUCGCGCUCGUUCUUGAACACGACAAGACCGAGCUGUUUCACUUUUCGCGUCGCCGAGACGCCUACAAUCCCUCGCUGGAUUUGGGGUACGCCCCUCAUACACCUUUGAAACCUAAGACCUAUUGGAGGUACUUGGGCUUCUACUUUGACCGCGGGCUCACGUUCCAUGAGCACGUUCGCUACUAUGCCACUAAGGCGUUUACCACCGUGCAAGCCAUGCGCAUGCUCACUCUACUAGAGGGCGCGAUGAACCAGCUAAAACGGAUGCAGCGAAAAGCUGCUCUAUGGAUCACGGGUGCAUUCCGCACCUCACCCACAGGCGGUCUUGAGGCCCUCGCUGGCCUCAUCCCCGUCCAUCUCAUGCUGAAGAAGUUGGCGACGCGCGCAGUGUAUCGCAUCGCUACCCUCUCAGACACUCACCCCCUCCGCUCUAUGAUGGGCGAGGGACUCCUCAAGCGAGCCGCACCACACGCUCGCUCUGCCGCCUUGAUGACCCCAGCCAUGCGGGGGAAAGUCAAGAGCACUGUCAUGGAAGUGGACGAGCGCGUCCACACCUUAACUGAGAGCUUCGAGCCCUUUGCGCCCGAAGCUCGUCCAGGCGACCGGUUACUGGACCGCUAUGCGGACCGUCUCCAUUUUGACGAGCGUGAUCCUGGCCAGGAUAGGCGCCCAUAUCUAGACGAGCUCAUUGCGAAAGCAAGGGCCGACCCACUAACAGUACUGGCUGCAACUGAUGGCUCUGUCCCUCAGUCCAACCAGUAUCAGGCAGCUUCGGCUGCUAUAAUCUACAAGGGACAUCGCGAGCUCGAGAGGACCCGCUAUGUCUCUGGCAGAGUUACUGCCCCAGAUGCGGAACUCAAUGCCAUCUCGUGCGCAGUGCGCCUUGCUGUCAAGCAGGCAAACUGCCAACAUAUUAUGGUCUUUACUGACUCUAUGGGCUCAGCCCAUAGAGCGGUGGACCCCGGCGUGCAUUCUGGUCAGGCUUUCAGCCUGUCUUGCGUAACCUUCGUGUACGUCCCUUCUGCUCUGCGGUGGGACAUCCAUGGUGAGGCACACAAGUACGUCACAGAGCUCAAAGUCAGGGUUGGACGUCGUAAGACGGACAACUCCAUAGACGCGCUACGUUCUCGAGCGGCACACUCAGUCUUGGAUUCGUGGAGUUCCACUUUCCAAGAUCCAACCUACCGAGGCUCUGAAUUUCUAGAGCUUCAACAGCCUGACGGGCGGCCGCUACAGCCAUCGUACCUCAAUGGGGGACCUUGGCUCUCAACAUUCGGACACAGUAUUACUGAGUUCGCCCGCGUCUGCCGGUGUAUAACUGGCCACGCGCCCAUUGGAGCGUAUUAUCGUCGCUUCAAGAUCAACGAGCCUCACGGCUGCACUUGCGGGGCUGCUUUGCAGUCCCGCCAGCAUAUCCUCUUUCGCUGUCGCGAUAGAUAUUCUGUACACUAUCCCCGCUUUCUCGGGGAUAUUGCAUCGUUUAUGAAGUACAACCCCACGGCGUUUGGCUUCAACCGAGACCCCUCGGGUGUCGGAUAA